UUAAUGUUAGAAAAGUCUUGCCACAUCUUCGUAUUAAAUCUCUUGUGAUUGUUGCUGUCAUAGUCUACCGGUUAAAAGUGUUUGGUAUACAAAGUCAACAUGCAGAAUAGCUACGACCCCCAGCUUGACUUGACAGGAAAGCUUAUUAUCAAAGUACAGUUAGGUGAUGAUAUUCGCCGCAUCCCUAUACACAAUGAAGACAUCACUUACGAUGAACUGGUGCUUAUGAUGCAGAGAGUAUACCGUGGCAAACUGACAAGCAGUGAUGAUAUUACAAUCAAGUACAAGGAUGAAGAUGGGGAUCUUGUGACAAUUUUUGACAGUUCUGAUCUUUCAUUUGCAAUACAGUGCAGUCGUAUUCUAAAAAUAACUUUAUUUGUUAAUGGUGAGCCAAAGCCUUUGGAGAAUGAUCAGUUAAAAGUAAUAAGUAAAGAGUUAAAACAGAUUCGUAACACAGUCAAUACACUUCUUGACCAUCUGGAGACAGUGUACGAUGUUACAGCCAGCACCACUGAUGUUAAUGAAUCAUCAAUAACAACACAAGUAAACCUUAAGGUGGCUGGGAUAUCCAAGCCGACCAAUAUGGCCGGCAAUAAGGAGUUUGACCCCCUGUCAACCCAGAGGUCGCUGGAUGAGAGUGCUCCAAGUAAAGUCAUGUCGGCGUUUGGAAUAACUAAUGACGCACCUGACCGAGCUGCUACACCAGACAGCACAUCGAGUGCUGGAUCUUCAGCCAGCAACUUGUUCAAGCAACAACAGAUGCAGCAGCAGCAGCAGCAGCAACAGCCUUCAGCACCUCAACACCAACCAGCUGGUCCGCAAUCUACCCCAGUUCAACCAACAGCACUGCCACCUCACCAACAGCAGUAUUUACAGCAACAAGUGGGACACCAGCAGACACCCAUGUCAGUACAGAGUGGAUCCCCGGGGACCUUUGCUGCAGUUCAGGGUCAGCAGCAGCAACAGCCUGUAGCUUACAAUCAAGCAGGGCAAGGUGGUUUUCCAAACCAGCCCCAGUCAGGUCAAGCACAGCCUCAGCCAGGUCAGCCUCCUCAAGCCAGCCAGUCAGGACUUCCACAAAUGCCCCAGCCCCAGCUUGGUGGACUUCCUCAGUCAGGUCAGCCGAUUCCCCAGUCAGGUCAGCAAAUUCCCCAGCACACACCUUCCCAGUAUGGAUAUAGUCAACAGCAACAACCGAUGUAUCAGCAGCCACAGCAGACGGCCCAGAGAUUUCCUAAUCCAGGGACGCCGCCAACACAGGCAGGACCUAACCCUUACUCGAGAGGACCAGGCACUGGUGGCUACACGGCUGGCUAUCCCCGGCCUUCAGGCACCUACCCACCAAGCCAAGGGCAAGCUUAUCAGUGAAUAAUGGCACCUGUCUGCUCUCUGGUAGAACAAAGAUGACAUGAUAGUGACUGCUUCUUGUGAUCAGUAAAGCUAACACUGAUGUAGCAGACUUGAUAAAAACAAUAUUAAUUCAUGGAUUGGAACCUUUGUUGGUGCAUUUAAUUCCUUACUAGGAUGGUAGAGCUCAAGUUGUUACUAUUAUUUUAUUUUUUUGAUUGUGAAAUGAAGACUUUGGUAGGUAGUGAUAUGAUGUUAUUGCACUGUAUAUUACAACUUGCAGUAACUAUAUAACAUGGAGUUGAGGACUUUGAGAAAAGUUUGCAUCAGCCAUUUAUGUUAUCAACUUAUGCCAACAAAAACAGGUAACCUAUUUCAUUUUGCAUAAACUGUUAGUUAUGUAAAUGAUGUUCUACGUUUAUGAAUGAAUGUAAAAUGGGUUAUGUCAAAUUUAGACUUGUUUAAGCAUGGGUCGAUAAAGUUAGCUUUCUGGCACUUUUCAAAGGCCUGAGGUUAUAUAUGUGUACAUCUUAUGCAUUAUUCUACAAAAGUCAGCGUUUCAGAUCAAUGAAUUUGCAAUCAGCGAUGGGGUAAUUAGUACAAAGUGUGUAUUUUGCAUAACAGUUUAUUACCUGCCAAUGACAUAUGGAACUAUUUCAACAAGAUACGUUCAGAAAACAAAGAGACAAUUAGAACCAUUUUACUAAAUAGAAAUCCAUGUGUUCUACAUCUUGCAAGUCUGAAAUCAGAGAGCUUCAAAUGCUAGAUCAACUAUAGGUAAAAGUAAAUAAUGAGUCACCUGCACAUGCUUAGGUUAUACGACAAACCUUAUUAGAAGAUUGUUUAUUAAACAUCUAAAUUUCUAACUAUAUACCAAAAAUAUAUUUUUUCCGUUGCUCACUAUUUUAGCUGGAUCAGACAUUUUAUUUGUACUAGAAGUCAUAUAAAAAAAGAAAGUGGCUGCUCUUGUGAUACAUCAACAUUUCAGAUUUCUUUGACUCAUCCCAUGAUAAACUAGGCUGAUGUUUAUGUGAUAAACUAGGCUGACUUGUACGUGCACUCAAUAUAUUUUAGUGUAAAUUAUCAUCUUUCUCUAUCAGAUACUAAUUUGAAAACUCUUGGUGUGAUUGUGUGACACUGCACUCUUGUUUGUUUUUUGCUUAUUGUCAUUAUUAUUGAACAGUUUUCAAACCAUGGACUUUUUUAUGAUUUCAAAUUGAACUGAUUGGCCUCUACUGUUCCAUUUGUGACGCAUUGUGCUAAAUUUACUCAUAGACAAACUUGCUUUGAAAAGGGCAAAUACUAGCUAAUGUAAAUGUUAUUACAUCUAAUAAUAAUUCAAUGAGUUGUGAGAGAACUUUUUACAACUUAAUAUGUCAUAUUCCAUACUUCCAUUUUAGUUAAUAUUUUGUAAAGGAAACAAAUGAAGGAACCAUGUUGGACUAAGAUUUCAAAUAUGUAUAACAUUUAUGACAAAUUGCAGUGGCUUCACAACACGAAUAAUUUCAUAUGCAUAGAACUAGUUCAACAAGUUAUGUAAUGACUGAAUGGUAAUUUUUCUUUCAGUCACUUUUUCUUGAAUUAAUUAAUAUGGUAAUAAGGAUCCAGCCGUUUAUUUCUUCUGCUUGUGUUGGAAAACAGUUACGAUAGAUUUAUUUUUGAACACCUUUGAAAGUACCAUCCUAUUUUCUGUAGUAUUCAUCAUGUAACUAGAUAGUUGUAAAGAAUAUAUAUAUAUAUAUAAUCUAUUUAUUAUUAUGUAUUGUUAGAAAUAAUUACAUAUACAAACAAACAAAAUUAAUAUGUACAUGUAGGCCUAGGACAGUCCAUAACACAAAUUUCCCUGUUUCUCUGUUGACACUGAUUACAGCAUUUGAACCAAUGUAUGUGGCGACAAACAUUUUAUAUUCUUCAUCACAACAGAUGAACCAUAUCUUUGACACCUGUUAGUGCCACCUGCAAAUUUAUCAUAGACACCACCCAUAAUAUGUGGAUAAGAUAUGUGACAUGACAUUCAGACAAAUACCCAUGAGACUCCAGACAGUCUCAGAAACAUUACUUGGUCUGGAAUAUGAGAUUGGUUAGUGGGCUAUAGCACACAACACAUUGUUUUUAAAGCUCACAUCAAUAUCAUGUGUUGCUAUUAGUCUCCUACUGGUCUAGUCUCUUUGUCUGUCUGCCCAUUCAUCUGUCCAAUGUAUUUUUCCAGACUGUUUUUUUUUCCACAAUACCUUAAGACUGAGAGCUGAAAUGUAGCUUUAUUGUGUCGAGUUACAGACUCAUUGGGAUUUGCCUAUUUUUGACAGAGUUAUGUCCCUUAACUUAUAAGAUAUGACAAUGUGUUGGGCCCAGUAGGUCAGUGUUCGAGAUUAACAGUAUCCCGAUAUCCCGGGGAUACCAGAAUUUAAGUUCGGAUACCAGACUUCAAUAACCCAGUAUCCCACCAGGAUACAAUAUAAUGCUGAGGUUUUUUUUUUUUAAUCCUGCGUUUUUUUUUUUUCGCAAAAUCAAUGAAAGUUGUCAUUUACUGGUGAAUUUUAGAGCUGCACUGGAUCAAUAGCAAUGUAGCAAUAGACUGGGAACGAGAACAGUGUCGUCCAAGUUUGUUACGAUGUAAUUUAUGAAUUUCAUUUAAGUGAGAUAUUAAAUUCUCAGGUGGGAUACCAGAUUUGUAAAUGUUAGUAUCCAUCUGGGAUACUGCCCAAAUUUUUUAAUCUCAAACACUGCAGUAGGUGAUAUAUAUUGCUUUGGCAACAUACUCAGAAUGCUUAUGUACUUGGUGAUGACAGUGAGAUUUAUUAACUGGAUAUACAUUUUGUGGAAGGGAUAUUUUAGUGAAAAGACCAAUAAGAACAUUUUGAUUCAGGCCUACAAAUGUUACUUUGCAAAAUUCAACCUGAAUUUGGGUCAGACAGAAUCCACUAUUUUCUUUCAGCAAAACCAAAAGAUAAAACAUGUCAGUUGAUUCAAUGUAUUAUGCUAUUUUCUUGGUGGAUUUAAUUUUUUGAUUUGGUGCAGCAGUUUAUUUCUGUGUAUUACUUGACAAUCCUUUCAUGCAGUUCUUUUCCUGUUAUUUUGUUGUGGAAUGUUAUUUUGGUGGUAGUAUAACACUAAUAUUAUAUACCCUGUUGUUGAAUAUGUUGCCCCAAGGUGCAAACUGUAUUAUACACUGGCAUCAUGAUUAAUUUUGACAGGGUGCAUGAUUAUGAUUUUAUUUAUUUGGUUUCACUAAACUGUUGUAAGGAUCAUUCAUACUGAGUUUUAUUUUAUUCUCUCUCCAUCUUUCUCUCUCUCUCUUUCUCUCUCAUAUGGUGUUAUUAAAAAUAAUGCAAGUCAAAUUAAUGUUGUACAAAUGUAGUUGUGAAAAAACAAAACGAGAAUAUAUUUCUAUGCUUCAGAUAAGUUACUUUUCACAAUCAAAAGCAGUUAUCUACUGCAUUAUUGGGAUAGAACAAGUGUCAUGUACUUAUUGCUGUUUGUAAAAGUUUUAGCACUGAUUUGCCAUCUUGUUUUGUGAUAACUUUGAUGGAACUAUAGUGGUAUUCUUGUUUGGAAGUUUUACCAUUUCUAUUCAUCUCUUGGAAUUUUGAAUUGUUUGUAUUCACAGGUCAGUAACCAUAAGCAUAGUGCUGGAACAAAACCUCGAAUUUGGGCAAAAAUUACACAGAUAUUCAGACAAAAUGUGCUAACCUGAGACCUUUUUACCAUGUAUUUUCAUAAUUCUACCCACAAAAUUGUUGUAAUUCAUGUAAAAAUGCAUAGUGAUUUGUUUUUCAACCCUAUAUAGCUGUUUGGUAGUAAUGCAUUUUCGUUUAAUUUGGGCAAAAACCAGCCUGCCCACAUACAGAAAUGGGAGCCCGUACUCCUAUAUCAAUAACUGAUGUUUAUGAUAUUAGGAGCCAAAACUGCUUAUGGAGUCACAAAAUAGACAAAUAAUUAAAAUCUUUAUUAACAGUACAGUAGAUUUCUAUUCAAAUUGAAGGUCAAUGUGUUAUACACAGACCUAAAUUUAGACUAACAGUGUCUAAACUAAAAUGUGUGGUUUGGACUUUUUAAGUCUGUCCUCAUGGUAAUAAAUUAGCUGACAAAGUUCAUGAAUAGGGAAGAAGUGCCCAUAAUGUUGUAUAUAAUUUUGUUAUACUCAUAAAUGUCAAAGGUUGAUGUUACAUAUCCUCAGUUUAUCCCACCUCCACUUCAGGCCCUAAGUGGAAAGUCUAGGAUCAAAAUGUGCCAGUUUUGGAGACAAUUUAGUGUUGUAUAAUAUUGUCUUGUUUUCUCUUGCCACAAUUUAGAGAAAUAGGAAUGUUUACUGUACAGGAUAUAUGUAUAUUUGUGUUGCAUAUUGAAAUAUCAGAUGUUUGGUAUAUUUCUUGACUUGAUCUAAAACUUUUGAAGUGGAAUAAUUUAAAGAUUUUUAUAAAUCAAAGAUAACUUAUUUAAGUUCACUAUUAUUAAUAUAUUUUGUAUUUUUGAGUUUGACAAACUUUUUAUUUGCAUAUUCCAUUAUGCAUGGAUGAACUUAACAGUAGCUAUGGACAGUUCUAGUCUAUGUGUCUCCUACAUCAAGCCAUUAUCAGCACAUAUUCAUCAUCUUUUUUUCACACAUUAUCACCCUAAUUUUCACCAAAAAACCCAGGCCCAUAGAAACUGGUCCUACUCUAUAUAAAUAAAGACUAAAAACAAUUCUCCCACUAGAGAUUGUGUCCCCACUCCAGAAGUUGUUCCUACUGGCCUGCAAAGGAAUUUUUAAUGACACCCCAGCAGCUUUAUUUUACAGAUAUUACAAUAAUUAAGCCUAGAGAGAACAAGAAAAAUGCUGGUAUCACAUAGACUGACUGUUUUUGUUCAAACCGUUAUCUCAGUCAUAGAACAGUUUUAGAAUAGAAUGUUUGAUUUUCAAAAACAAGGCCUAGUCACGUUGAAAUGAUGUCUCAGUAUCUCCAAAAAUAUUUGGAUUUCCUUCUUGAGUGCUUCCUUUUUGGUUUACUGUAGAAUGACUAUUUCCGUCUGGCAUCUGAUUUUGUCAACCUUUGGUUGAAGUCACUCCUGGUUUGGUUCAAAUGCUCUGAAAAAAGGGGAUAGGUGCUAAUUCCAUCAGUCCAUAAUCUGGAUGCAUAAAUGGAAUCUGCUCAAAUGAUUUGCAUAGAAAUUGAUUGAUACACAUUGUGGAUUACUUGUACAUAUACACAUGCAGAUUAUGGACAAGUGGAAUGUGUGCCUUACGGAAUGUGUUACUACAUACUUUUUAAAAUUCUAUGUAGCAGUUGAUUUAUGUUUUCACAAUUCAGCAUAUGUUAUGUGAGCCAUAAUGGUUUUGCCAUUUUAGUUUCUAUAUUUGAUAUGCCACAUUAGUUGAAUUUGACUAUGUAGAUAUUUCUGUUUAUUCAUUUUAAAUCUAGUGGAUGAUUCAAAUGAUUUCAAAGAAUAUAAACUUACAAAGAUACUAAUUACUUAAUCAACUGUAACAAUAUGAAUGUGGUCAAUAAUGGACUAAUGCACCAUAUAUAAAUCGUUUUACUAGUUGACUUGUACAAGUAUAUACAUUGUGUACAAAACCAAAUACAUAUUUGUGUAUAAAUAUCAUAGCCUUCUUUCUUUGUUAUAUUUUUCAAAAGUGGCUAUGCAUGUUCACUGCUGUUAAGCAUGAACUACAAGAUUGCUUUACACAUGUUCAUUUUGAAAAUGAAUAAUGAAUGAAUUCCUUUUUUUGAAAAAAAAUAUUCUUGUGAUGUUUGUAAUUGCUUAAUGUCUGUUUCAACUGUUUUGUAUAGGUCUACUACAAUGAGAACAAAUUGGUUCUUAUGUGCAAGAUAUCCAGAAUUAAAUGUGUCCAUAGACAUCCAUUGGCAUCCUCCAAGCAAAGCAGACAGUUGAUAAUACAAUGUAAAGAUAGUUGUGAUUAAUAUAUUCAGAAGAGUUUAUACGUGUAUUAUAUGUAUUUCGUCAGGCUGGUGUAUAUUGUAUAUAUGCAUUAAAUGUACUAUGUAUGAUU